GCUAUUGUAUUUACGUCGUUCCUGUGCUAGACAGGUAGUGACACUCUGGUAAAAUGCCGGAACCAGCCAAAUCCGCUCCUGCUCCGAAGAAGGGCUCCAAGAAAGCUGUUACCAAGACGCAGAAGAAGGGCGACAAGAAACGUAGAAAGACAAGGAAGGAGAGCUACUCCAUCUACGUGUACAAGGUGCUGAAGCAGGUGCACCCCGACACGGGCAUCUCGUCCAAGGCCAUGGGCAUCAUGAACUCCUUCGUCAACGACAUCUUCGAGCGCAUCGCCGGCGAGGCCUCGCGCCUGGCGCACUACAACAAGCGCUCCACCAUCACCUCGCGGGAGAUCCAGACGGCCGUGCGGCUCCUGCUGCCUGGCGAGCUGGCCAAGCACGCCGUCUCCGAGGGCACCAAGGCCGUCACCAAGUACACCAGCUCCAAGUAGAGCGUCUCGGACCCGUCAGUUUUUAACCCAAAAGGCUCUUUUAAGAGCCACCCACACUUUCACUAAAAGAGUCGUUCACGCUGAUUUUCUUCGGUGAGUGGUACUUACAUUUAGCACUGCUUUACUUCCCAGACUAGGAUGUAGCAUUUAGGAGAGACAACGUUUCUCAUGUUGAAGUACAGGGUAUGAUUUUGAUUGUCUUGCGUGUGACCUACCGUGACAGUUCAGUAGGCAGGUAUAUAAAAAGAAUUAAGCACCUUAUCAGCUCUUAAAGCUAUU